AUGAAGCAAAUGCCGUCAAACCUAAAAUUAGUAAUGGAUGAAGCGGUAAAAAUUAUUAAUUUUAUCAAAUCACGACCACUACAGUCCCGAUUGUUCUCAUUAUUGUGUGAAGAUUAUGGUAGCAAACAUAAAACACUGCUGCUCCAUACAGAAGUACGAUGGCUGUCUCGGGGUAAAACUUUAACAAGGCUAUUUGAACUUAAAGUUGAGUUACAAAUGUUUCUUUCAGAUACUUCUUUUAAUUUGAAAGACCGUUUGUAUGAUAAAACUUGGAUGUUCCGACUGUCUUUCAUGGCGGAUAUCUUUCUUAUUUGCGUUAGUAAGAGAGAAAUAGAAAGCUUUACGUUACUCAGUGAGUUUGUUAGCGUUAACGACUCAGAAAUGUUUCAAGAUGAUGUAUUUGAAGAAUUGGUCCAAUAUCUCACUUCGAUGCGCGAAUCUUUUGAGAAGUAUUUUCCCGAAUUGAAACUGAAUUCAUGGCAAAAGCCCGAAAGUAUGUCAAAUGAGAUAUAUGAAUCUCUUUUAGAAAUGUCAUCAGACAAAAGUAUGGAGUCAUUGUUCAAAACGACAUCUCUCAACGAUUAUUGGUGCAGAAUCCGUGAUGAAUACCCAAUGCUUGCCAAAAUAGCUCUGAAUAUUCUUCUUCCAUUUCCAACAACAUAUUUGUGCGAAACAGGAUUCUCAACCUAUGCAGCCACUAAAACAAAAUACCGGAAUAGACUGGACGCCGAACCUGAUAUGAGUUCUGUGUCUUCUAUCAAACCUGAUAUCAACCAAUUAAUGAAAAAUAAACAACAGUUCCAUACCUCCCAUUAG